AUGCGAGGGGGUGAAAAUGAGAGCGCACUUGGCGCAUACUACAGGGCUCUCUUUCCAGUGGCGCUCAUUGCCAGGUGGCUGCGGUACAUCCGCACCCGCGAAUUUUCAUUUACGCUGGCGAAUGACAUAUACAUCAGAUACAUCACAGUGACAGCUGCAGAGGAGCUCGCUUCAAGAAUAUGCAUGGAUGUCCCGCAGAAGAUAGACAUAGGAGGGGUGUAUGUCCACAAGCCUGCGUCUGUUACCACCAAUAACCAGUGCAUCAUUAAAGAGCUUGUCUUUGACAUUGAUCUGACAGAUUAUGCAAGGACUUGCUGCACAGAUAAGAAUAUGUGCAAUGCAUGUCUGCCUCUGAUAAAGUGCGCAGUGGAGGUUUUGAGCUCGGUGCUUGCAGAAGACUUUGGGUUUAGGAACAUUCUCUUUGUUUUUUCAGGGGGCAGAGGCGUGCACUGCUGGGUGAGUGAUGCAGUUGCAAUGGCGCUCACAGGAAAAGACAGAACAAACAUUGUCGAGUAUUUCAGCGCACUGGCAAAGAAGAAUAAUGAAGCUGUUGAUAAGAUCCUGAUGAAGUACAAGGAUGCUAUGAAUAUGGGAGAUGCAGUGACAAUGGCACAGCUGUACGACAGGCUGCUUCCUAAGCUCGAUGUGAACGUAACAAAGCAGACAAAGCACCUUCUUAAAUCUCCGUUCUGUAUCCAUCCGAGGACAGGAAGAGUCUGUGUCCCCAUUGACCCAGCAAAGCUUGAUGCUCUGGUGCUGGAGAGCAUCCCCACACUUAGCGACCUGUUGAAGAAUAGAGAGUCUCUGUCAGAGUAUGUCGAGUACUUUCAAGCCUUUGUAGAGGAAAUAGAGUAG